AGCUGACAGGUCACACACACAAAUGGUUCAGAGCUGUCUGUGGUGCUGAAACCCCAGCACAUUUGUCUAUGUGGAUUCCCUGUCCUCCCCAGGAACUGGUCACUGCCAGCAGUUUGAUGAUUUUCCUCGCUCUCCCACAUUCCAGCUCAGCACAACAAUGGCCCGGAUCAGGUGCAUCUUAACGGCCGUCUCUGGAUUUUACUUCUGGGAAGCAGCGCUACUGCUCAGUUUGGUAGCUACAAAGGAAACAGACAGUGCACGAUCUCGCCCUUCACCAAUGUCACCUUCUGAUUUUCUGGACAAAUUAAUGGGUAGAACAUCUGGCUAUGAUGCAAGAAUACGGCCUAACUUCAAAGGUCCACCGGUGAAUGUUACAUGCAAUAUAUUUGUGAACAGCUUUGGAUCAAUUGCUGAAACCACAAUGGAUUACAGACUGAAUAUCUUUUUACGUCAGAAGUGGAAUGACCCUCGCCUUGCAUACAGUGAAUAUCCAGAUGAUUCUUUAGAUUUGGAUCCAUCUAUGUUGGACUCUAUUUGGAAACCUGAUUUAUUUUUUGCAAAUGAAAAGGGGGCAAAUUUUCAUGAAGUCACUACAGACAACAAACUUUUAAGGAUUUUCAAAGAUGGAAAUGUUCUGUAUUCCAUAAGGCUGACCCUAACUUUAUCAUGUCCAAUGGAUCUGAAAAAUUUUCCAAUGGAUGUGCAGACCUGUAUAAUGCAACUAGAAAGCUUUGGAUACACCAUGAAUGAUCUCAUUUUUGAAUGGCAAGAAAAUGGACCAGUCCAAAUUGCAGAUGGACUUACCUUGCCUCAGUUUCUUCUGAAAGAGGAGAAGGAUUUACGUUACUGUACCAAACACUAUAACACAGGAAAAUUUACUUGCAUAGAAGUGAGAUUUCAUCUUGAAAGACAGAUGGGUUACUACCUAAUUCAGAUGUAUAUUCCUAGUCUUUUGAUUGUCAUUUUAUCAUGGGUAUCAUUUUGGAUAAAUAUGGAUGCAGCACCAGCAAGAGUUGCCCUGGGCAUCACAACUGUACUAACUAUGACAACACAGAGCUCAGGUUCCCGGACAUCCCUUCCUAAGGUAUCUUAUGUAAAAGCUAUUGAUAUCUGGAUGGCAGUGUGUCUACUCUUUGUCUUUUCUGCCCUUUUGGAAUAUGCAGCAGUAAAUUUUGUAUCAAGGCAACACAAAGAACUUCUAAGGUUUCGACGAAAGAGAAAGAAGGAUAGGGAUGAUGAUGUAAGAGAAAGUCGUUUUAGUUUUACAGCCUAUGGAAUGGGACCUUGUCUACAGGCAAAGGAUGGUGUGAAUCCAAAGGGACCACUAAAUCCUCCUCCUCCUGCAUCAAAAACACAUGAAGAGAUGAGGAAGGUAUUUAUCAACAGAGCAAAGAAGAUAGACACAAUUUCUCGAGCUUGUUUUCCCCUAGCCUUUUUGAUUUUUAAUAUAUUCUACUGGGUCAUAUAUAAAAUUCUCAGACAUGAGGACUUUCACCAACAGCAAGACUAAAUGUUCUAUUGUAACAGAUAAUGCACUCAGUCAUAACAGCAUUUAAGAAAGUUACACUAUGAAAUCUUGCACCCAUGGAAUAUAAUGACCUUGUUUAUAUCCUACUUGCUAAAUGUGAAACACUUUUCUAAAUAUGCCUGUGUUACAGCUAAACUUUACUGCCAGUCAUGUCUUCACAGUUCUACUAAAUGGGAUCAAAUCACUCAUUAUUUUCUAGAGUAAUUGUAUUUUUGCUUCUAUUGUACAAAGCAGGACCAACCCAAUCUACUUAAAUAUUACAAUUAUGACUACAAAAUGCAAACUUUUUUUACAUUUUUAAAUCUUAUAAAAGCAACGACUUCCUUUUAUCAAGAGACAAAUUGUAAUAUGUCCAUUUUUUGUUAAGAUCAAUGUAAUAUUUUGUACAAGGAUCAAUUGUAGCCAGUCUUACACACGAUUCAGCCGGGAAAGAGUUUCUUAGCAAACUUUACAUAAUUAUUCAGGGGAGUCUAAUGCUGGUCACACAUUAAACUGCAGAAUGGGACAGCCCAAGGAGAAGAUCUGUGGCCAGUUCAGCCAUGCAUCUCAGAGACCAGAAAUGGCACUAAGCCAGUUAUUUGGUUGUCAGAAAAAUCAGAACACUGCCGUUGACCACAUACACAGCCUGAUACAGUCAGUUGGCCAAAAUAAUGUAUCACUAUGUCCAAAUGAAACCUUCUGGUUCCAAUUCCAAAGUUUGGUCACUCUGCAUCCAGGCCAUUUUGGUCAUAACUGCCAAUAGCUGCUGACACUAUGAACCUUUAUGUGCCCAGUUUUAACUCUGUUCUUAGAACAUACAUUCCGAUGUCCUAAUGCUCUAUGGCACGGACAAUAUCAGAUUCUGAAACAAAUAAUUGCAGGUGCAUUACCUCAACUGUGGUUAUGUUUUAAUUUCUUGUAAACUAUUCCUAAGUGUAUAUCUUUUUUUAUCGGUGAUUUAUAGUCAUUGAAAAGUGACCCCCUUUAUAUUAUCAAAUCUGUGUUUUGUACAAUUUUUAUUGAGUUGUCAAUAGAAAAAAUGCAAAGGUCUCAUUUUAUCAACAGAUGUAAACAAGAAACAAAAUGUAAUAAUCUGCAAGCGCAAAAUGACAAUUUCACAGCAUUAGACAAAUUUAAAUAAGAAAUGCAUACAAAUUCUUAGAUUCCAUUUUUCAUUUCACAAACAAAAAAACUCUAAACAGUAAACAAUACAAAUACAUACAUUGACAGCACAGGGUGGCAACUGAUAUCAUCAUCUUUAAUAGAAGACUUUCUCCCCUAAAACAUUAUAAAAUGGCUACUGUAAUAU